AAUUAUUGGUAUUAUGUAUAAAACAAAACAUCUCCUAAACACAAAUUGUUUAAAAAAUAUUUAUUUUGCAUUUAUUCAUAGCUACAUCAGCUACUGCAACAUUAUCUGGGCAAGUACUUAUCCUUCAAAGUUAAAUAUGAUCUACAAAAUACAAAAACGAGCAAUUCGCUUGAUAUUAAAUGCAAAUAAAUACGCUAGUGCCAGACCACUACUAAGAGAAAUUGGAGUGCCUAAUGUCUAUGAAAUAAAUAUUCUUAAUAUACUUAUUUUCAUGUUUAAGUUUAAAAAUGGUAUGCUACCAAGCAUUUUCCAAACUUAUUUUUUUUCUUUAAACCACAAAUACGAAACUAAAUACUCAACAAAUAAUUUUAUUAUACCAAAAACAUUAUCAAAACAAGCUGAUUUUUCGAUAUCUUGCCGAGGGCCGCGGUUAUGGAACUUGCUUUUAACAAGUAAUAUAAAAACUUUAAAUUCAACUCAACAUUUUAAACGUGCAACAAAACAACACUUAUUUGGUUUUGACACAAAGCAAUUACUAUCGCAUUAUUAACAACUUUUGGUAAUCUUAGUUAUUUAAUGUCUUAUAAAUUGACUCAACAUCACAAUUAUAUUGUAUGGUACUUAGAACAUAUUUUGCAAAAUGAAAUAAAUCGUUUCCUACCUCUCGAGAAUGUUUCUACAUGCAACAAUGAAGUUGACAUUUACACGCCUUUCCAAAUGCAACACCGAAUUGUGAGUAAAAUAUUAGAAGUAUUAAAUGCAAAUGCAUCAUCAGGUAAAGUAUAUACAAUUAAAAAUAUUGAAGUGAAAUCAACCAUUGUUAUUGUUACCAAUAUUCCUACUGAAGUUCAUGCUGGUUAUAUGGAUGAGUUUAUGGUUCCUUUUGGUAGACUCCUUACAAAAUUUCAACAUGUUAAGGUAGAAAAGAAAAACUUGAGGUACGGCUGGAUUGUCUACGAAGAUCUAAGAAGUGCAGAAAAAUGUAUAAACUUUAUAAACGAAAAAAGUCAUCAUGUUUUUUUUAUGAAAGCUAUGCUUCUACCAGAAGAUUUUACUUCAGAAGCAUGCUUAUUUAAUUUAAAGACAAUACAAGUAGAAGGUUUUCCUAAAGAUUUCACGAAAAAAAAAAUACGAAGCUUUCUUAGAGAUAUUUCUCCUGAUCGAAGGAACGUGCCAUUGAAGUUUGUGAUGAUUAAAAAAAUUGAAGCAGAACAAACUUAUCAUAGAGUGCCUAAUAUGGUAUUUAUCAACUUUGAUACCCCGAGAAAAGCCAUUGAGAUCUUUUUUUUACUCGAUAAUUGUGUUUUUCCAUACAACCAAUUAGAGUUAGUUAAGUUUAAAGCGUAUUUUGCUCUUCCCUAUCAAUUUGAUUUUGGAAACAAUAAACAAGACGCGAGACUUGGAGAGGACAUAGAAGAGAGAUCGAAAAAAUCUAACCAUACUAAAAAUAACCAAUUUUUACAAUCUUUUCAACCAUCAAUUUUUGAGUUACAGAAGAUAAAUUACAUUGAUCAAUCGUUUUUUCAUCGUCAGUCAUUUCAUACAUUACCCUUUAUAAUACGCCCUGAAUUAUGCCCUGCUUUAACAUACCCACUUUUACCAGCAUUUGCUCCACAAAAUACUUUUUCAAAUCUGAAUCAAAACCGUUUGCAUGGAAAUCAAUUGCAAAAAAUUCAAUAUCAAAACUUUCAACAAUGUCCUUUUAUUUACCCUUUGUCUGCAAGUCCAAUGUAUCCAAAUAAUUUCAAAGAAAAUGUGUUAAACGUGGCCUCCGAUUACCUCGUUCAAAAGAAGUUCGUGGAGUUACAAACAUUUAAUCCUUUGCAACACACAGCUGUUUUUCCAACACCUGAAACAAUGUACAUUCAAAACGAUUUGUUUUAUAUACCACAGGAAAAAUAUAUUUUGCAAAACAAGUUUUCGUAUCCUUCAAGUGAAUUAGAUCAAGAGAAACAAAAUGAUGAGCAAAUCUCACAAAAAUAUGUUCAACAAAAUACGGAACACCAGAAAGAAAACGAUUUCUUAAUAUAUCAAAAUGUAGGAAACUCAAACUCGUCUGAUUUACAGAGUUGCGAUAAAAAUUUUGGUUCUGACAACAAAACUGAUGUUACAGACAACGCUCCAAUUAUUUUACAAGAUGUAAACAAAACAAAAACUAACUUGUUGUAUCAAGAAUGUCAUAUUAGUUCAGAGGAAAACAUAGCUUUUAGUAAUCAACAAAACAUUUCUUGGGAAAAUGGCAAAAAAAGUUCUAAAAGGUGGAGCAAAAGAAAGAAGGUUGAUAAAAAACAAAAGGACAUAAAUGGCUCCCAUUUAAGUCCUCAAUCAACCAUUGAUGUGAAAAUGCAACUUGUAAAAAUACAACAAAAUUCAAUGCUUAAUAAGAUAGAUAAGCUUGGAACAGAAAUAAAAAUUUAUGAAAAACUCAAAAAAUUUAAUGAUAUUAAAUAUUAUAAGAAUCAAAGUCAUCCGAAUUCCGUUGUUGAUAUUGAAAAAAGUACUUUUGAAAGUGAUAAAACUGCAGAAAGUGUUGCUGUUGUUGUUAGAGAUCCUAUAAUAAAAAAUGAUAACAUAAAAAAAUAUAAUAAAUUGUGUAAAGGUAACGUUGUAGAUAAUGCAAUGCAAACUUCAAUCAGUCUCAAAACAUAUAACGUGAAACAAAGUACUUUUAACAGUGGAAAUGCUGACAAUAAAGAAAUAUACAAAUACGAAAACGAAAAAUGUGAUCAAACAAUAGUUUUUGAUACAAACUCUAAAAGUCACCAACAAAGUCAACCUAAAGAAAAUAUGCCUAAUAAAGAAGAUAUGCUUUCAUCACUGUUAAAAAUGUCAAUACUUGAUUCUAAUUUUGAAGAAGAGAUAAGUAUACAAAAAAGUCAUCCACUAGACAUCAAACUAGAUGACAACAUAAAAAAUAGUCGAUUAUUAUCCUUCAUGAAAGGAAUUUGUUAUCAAAGAUUUUGUCCAAAUAAAAUGAUUAACAGAUUAUUUUGAUGCUUCCAUUAGAAAAGUGAUAGUUAUCCGAGAAGAUUGAACUGAUAUAUUACUAUUGACAAUAUUAAAGAUUGUAUGGGUAUCUUUCAUGUGAGUUUGUCGCUGAAACUAAAAUAUAUAUUUGUUGGUUAACUGUUACUAUUGAAAAUAUUUAUAAACAAUAAAACUGUUUCUCAAAAAUUUUUCUACAUUAAACAAUAGUAU